AUGUCUGACCAAAUCCAAGAGUUCAUGGACAUUCCCCGCGACUUUGUCCGAGAUGGUACCCAGUUCCUGAACAGAUGCACCAAGCCGGAUGGACGUGAAUUUCUCAAGAUCUCGCAGGCUGUCGGUGUUGGUUUCCUCGUCAUGGGUGCUGUUGGAUACUUGGUCAAGCUCAUUCACAUACCAGUCAAUAAUAUUCUAGUGGGAGGGGCAUAG